AUGCUAAGCGCCUCCGCGACACCGACUCAAAAGUCGCUUGCGCCGCAGGCCUCGGCAUCUGUCAAUUCUUCGAUUGCAACCGGCCGUCCCUCCCUCGAACGAGAUGGUCUGCAGCCGCCGCCAACGAAUGGGGGCAAGGGCCUUUCGGCCCCGGGCGCGUCUUUUGCAUCACGGGGACUGUCCCUCAACCCCUCUCCGGCCCCGGGGAGCUUCAGCUCGGAACUACGAAGCCAGAUGACAGCCUCGAGGGCGGGAUCGAGGGCCGACUUGUACAAUCUGGAGAAGCUGGAUGAGGAAGGCGGUUCUCAGGCGGAACAGAACCUCCACUCGUUGAAAGAUGCCCUCAGCCGCGAGAUGAAGAUCAAGGAGGGGAGUGAGAACAUGCUGGAAGCCCUCAAUGUGAAGAAAGCAAAACAAACCAAGGACCAGAGACAGAGAAUCGAAGCCGAACUGUACUCGUCAAAUAUGAAGAUACGGGAGCUUCGUCAGAAGAUUGAUGAUGCGCAGAAAGUCAAAACAACCCCGGCCACUCCCACCAAGACUCGCAACGAAACGGCGGUACAAGGAAAUGGGAUGCGAUCGCCCCCUAGUGUAUCAAGGAGCGGUGCCGGAUCUGAAAUCGACGAGCUUCCGGAACAAUCGCCCACGUUCUUGCUCGCCGAGAUCCUUCAGGCUCUUGAGGCUGAGGGUUUAACUGCUGGCUACUACGUCGAGCGUGCCAAUUGUCUUGUCGACCUCUUCAAGAAACAUUCUACUCUCAAGUACGACUUGGUCUGGUCCGUGUUUGGCGAUCGUAUGCAGAUGAUGCUUCUGAGCGACAGCAGAGAGGUAGUUGCAGCUGGUUACCGGAUGAUACGGUACGCCAUUUCAGAUGCUGCGUCAUUGAAAAACAUUCGCCGCUUGAACACAGACUACAUGGUGGUAGUAUCUCUUGCGAAAGACCGAAAGGCAGACGUGGAGCGUGAGCAAGCUCUCAAGUUCAUCCGCGCUUUCCUCGACGUAAAGGAUGGGGCGCGAGAGAUAUCCCGGGCCGUUGUUCGGGCCAUUGUUUCAGUUGCUGAACAUGCAGAGGACCGACUACGACCCAUCUGCAUCGAGACGCUGGCUGAGAUACUAUUGCGAGAUCCGGCUCUCCUGAUUUCCUGUGGUGGUUUAGCCCCUUUAUCAGAAGCCCUCGCCGAGGGCACCUACAAGUCACCAGAGUCAUUGGCUUCUGCGCUUCUGUUUCUGCUAGACGCACCUCAGACCCGAAAAUACUUGAGAGCAGGAUACGACCUGGAAGUCAUUUUUACUGCCUUCACGGAUGCUCUGUUUUCCUUCGAAGGUGUCCUCAAGCAGAACUCCAAAGCUGUCGCCGCAGCCCUCAAAUCGUGGUCUGGCCUCAUGACUCUGUCCAUGUUUGACUUUAGAGCGGUCAAGUCGCUGAUUUCCAGUCUCUCGCUACCAAAUGCCACCGUCCGCGAGACAAUUGUCGAUCUGCUAUAUUCAUUGCUACGCAUCAAGCCUCCUGCGUGGGCUACAACCUUCCUGGCGGGACGUCGGCUGACCACUUAUGGACGAGUCGCAACUUUGAAAUCAACAACGGCCGGCAAAGGCGCAAAUGCCUACGACGACGAUGGCGCUGAACAGAGCUUCGUGGAGCAUUACACUGCUUUGUUGCUAGCUAUCUUCGUUAAGGCUGAUAUGAUGCCUGCUUUACUGGAGGUUGCUCAAGAUUCUUCGAAUCCAGCGCUGAAGAGGAAGACAACUCUACUGAUCGGCGAGGUUCUCAAACUUUCUGGUCGUUUGCUUCCUUUAACCUGGAAUAGCGAGCUACAGUUGCUUCCAGAGCUCUUCUCAGCUGCCCUAGACUUCAAUCAAGACGCACGCUUCAAUGCCACAGGCGUUGUUUACCAGAUCAGCAGUGUGAGUCGGACACUCUACCGAUCCUCACCUACAAUACUGGGCCUGCCCUCGAGCGGUACAACAGAGAACGUGGGCUCGAUUGACGAUACACCUCGGAGCAAUGUCUCAAUCAUCACAGACGACGCGACAUUCCGUCAGCUCUUGAUCGACUCGAGUGUCCUUGGAAGCUCGAACCCCCUCAAAUGGAACUGGGAUGUAAUCCUGAGGAUCCUCGAAGGCCCCCUCAUGAAUGGCAAAAGACUGGAAGAGGCCAUCAAAGCAUCAAAGUUCAUCAAAAGACUCAUGAGCUUUUUCCGACCCUUCAAAUAUCGGUUUUCGAACACUAAGAGCCAUCGAAACACACAGAAAUACAUCAGGGUAGGGUGUGCUCUGAUGCAUACGCUCUUGCAAAGCCCAGAGGGAGUCAAGUAUCUGGCGGAUCACAAGCUACUAAGACAGAUUGCCGAAUGUCUUGCACAAUGUGACCCCUCUAGCGGCUUAACAGCGCAGCGCCCUUUGUUUUCCGAGGAUAACCUGGCGGAUUUCCUAUGCGGAGGCUAUUUCCCAAUGCUAGGUGUUCUGACCGGUGACCCCAAGGGUCUGCAGAUGAUGGAAAGGUGGCGCAUGUUUAAUAUGAUGUACCACAUUGUCGACUUCAACCAGCGCCCGGAUCUGAUCAAGUUGAUCCUUGCCAACUUCGACUAUAGUUUACACGGCCACCCGCGCGUCCUACUCUCCAAGGCUCUGACAGCGGGCACCAAGGACAUCCGCAUUCAUGCCACAAACGCACUCAGGAUGUACGCUUCCGGUCAGCGUGCCGCGCCGGCAGGGCAGAUUGUCUCGGACGCCAAGUGGGCAAUCCAACUGCUGGUGACACAGCUAUACGACCCCGAAAUAGAGGUCUGUGCUACGGCAGUCAAGAUCCUGGAGAAGGCCUGCAAUAGCAAACAUUUGCUUGAAUACAUAGUCGAGUGUCGGCCUGCACUGGAUCAUUUGGGAGAGAUUGGGGCACCAUUACUUCUGCGGUUCCUGUCAACUUCGAUUGGAUACCACUAUCUGGAUGGCCUCGACUACAUCAGCAACGAAAUGGACGACUGGUUCCUUGGACGCAACGACAGAUACGUCAGCCUUAUUGAGGCUAGUCUUGCGCGCUCUUUCCUCGAGAAUCCAGACGAUCACUCCAACCGCCUGAGCAUGUACCAGGACGAACUGGAUGCAGACCAAUACAACCACGUGCCACCCCAUUUCUACCGCGAGCUGACACGCACCAAGGAAGGGUGCCGGUUGCUCGAGGACAAGGGUCAUUUUGAGGAGUUCUCGUCCACGAUCCGCGAGUACGGGAUGCAGUCUGAUGACACCGAGCUUAUGACCAAGGUGAAAGGGUGCAUGUGGGCUGUUGGCAACGUUGGUUCGAUGGAACUCGGUGCGCCGUUCCUCGAAUCGACGGAUGUUGUAGAGCACAUUGUGAAGAUUGCCGAAACCCACGAGGUGAUGAGCCUGAGGGGCACGGCUUUCUUCGUCCUUGGCCUAAUUUCGAGGUCGGUACACGGCCUCGAAAUACUGUCGGAGCAUGGUUGGGAUUCGAGCACGACACCCCUCGGAACGUCGCUAGGGUUCAGUCUGCCCUCGAGUCUGUCGAGGUUCUUCUCGUUCCAGCCGUGGAAGCACGAGUCGUCGACUUCUAUUUCACUGCCGGACACUCAGAAGACGAUCGUCGCGUCUCCGCCGGCGGUCAUGAAGGACCCGGAUCCGACUAAUCAACGCAUUCUGGAGAUCAUGAUCGAGCUGGGCGACAUGGUGCUCUACAAGAAAGCCAAGAUGGAAAUGCUCCAGAUGAGGUACAAGAAGGUGGCGGGGUUCCGACAGGCCAAGCUCUUCCGACAAGUCUUGUCGCUUCUGGAGAACCAUCAUUUCCGGCUCGGCGACCGGCACAUGAUCAUUGAGCUGUUUGACAAGAACGUCCUGAGACAUAUCGUCUACGGGGAUGACAGUGGCGACGAAGAAGUAGAGAACAGUUCGGGCGACGAAGGGCGCACUGAACGCCAAAGGAGCAUCAGCGACCCUGCAGAUAUAGGGAAGGCCAUGUCGACAACACACCAAUUUUCGAUUUAG